UAUUACGAAUCAAAAUGAAAAAAAAAAAAAAAAAGAGAGGAGAAAAUGGAACGAAAAGGAAAUUGCUGACACGCAAAGAGGGCUGGGCAGGGAAAGGCAGGCUGGGAAAGAUAAAAAGCUGGAAGCUUAAAUCUUACCCGGCUGCACAAUUCAUUCAUUCGUCACAAUCCCUUUGUCAAAAUUGAGUCUUUGCCUCUUCGUCACAUACCGUAAAGCUUUUGUUUCAGGUUUCGCGGUAUCCUUCGAUUGAAGUAAACCCUAGAGAUGAACUCAUUCGACUCGAAUUGGGUCGACAUCUCCAAGAUUUACCUGCGCUACUGUGCUAUCAGAGCAGGGAAUGCGUACCAGGAAGGCAGCAGUUGUCCGGACCAGGAUGAGCUACAGAAACUCAAAUUUUCCCGGGAUGAGUUAGCUGAGCUAUUAAAGGUUGUUCAGAAGAGAGUGCAGAAGGACCAAGGGUUUUCUAUUUUUGAUGAACUUCGCAAGCUCAUGUCAAAUUCAAGAUUGAUGAAGGAUGUCCACGACUUUUCGUGCUUCUAUGAUUUUGUAUUCUUUAUCUCUCGCGAGAAUGGUCAAAAGAACAUUACUGUAAACAAGGCGGUUACUGCAUGGAGAUUGGUUUUGGCUGGGAGGUUUAGGUUGCUAAACCAAUGGUGUGACUUUGUAGAGAAAAAUCAGCGAUACAAUAUUUCUGAGGAUACAUGGCAGCAAGUUCUGGCCUUUAGUCGCUGUGUACAUGGAAAUUUUGAAGGCUAUGAUCCUGAAGGUGCUUGGCCUGUCCUUAUAGAUGAAUUUGUGGAGCAUAUGUACAGAACAUCUGGGUCUAAGAAUAAGUGCAACUGUAAAUCCUAUGAUAGUGGUGAGUUGGAAUCUCAUCCAUGUGCUUUUGAAGACCCUCUUCCCGGGUUGAAGGUAACUCCUGGUUUGAAGAGGAAGUUCGCCAACUUGGGAUUAGAUGAAGAAAUGGAGCUCUGUGAUUCUCCAGAACCGAAUCUUUCUUCAAAGUCGAAACGAAAUAGGCUAGUCUGCCACCAGAAGAGUUGUAUGGUGGAUAAUCCGCCAGGUGGCGACUCAGCUGAUGAUGGCAUGGAAGUAACGAAACAGAAUAGUCCUGUUGGGUGUGCAGUUGAGAAUUGCUUGUCCAGAGGGAUUGCAGGGCUGUUUUCUGGGGGUUCAUAUUUGCAGCUAGAUAAAGAGAGGAGAGUUUCAUAUAUAUAGAGGCCUGGCCGAGCCAGAAAAUAGGCUUUGAAUCAAGAGGAAUCGGCCUGUACAUGCUCGUGUUGGAAUUCUAUUUCUGGCAAUUGGAAUUAGGUAUUGACAACAUGACAAGAUAGAUUGGAUUUGUGUCACUACAGAAUAAUGGAGCAGUUUUUGUAUAGGCCGCUUGCAUGCAUAGUUGUGGUGUGUAAUAACAAUUUAAACUUAGAGCCAUUAAUAUUGUUUAGGCCUGCAACUACUCACUAUGUGGCCU